CAUACAUGUAAACAAAAACAUGUAAACAAACACAUGUAAACAAACACAUGUAAACAAACACAUGUAAAUAAACACAUGUAAACAACCACAUGUAAACAAAAACAUGUAAACAAACACAUGUAAACAAACACACGUAAACAAACACAUGUAAACAAACACAUAAACAAAACUACCCAACUACGGCAAAAGUGUCAGCUCACACGUUGUUUACCUAUCUAUAAAAUAAUUGUGUCUUGUUGUGAGUGGUCUAGCCCACAGGUCAAGACCCUCUACCAACAAUACCUGUCAGGUAGAUGCACUAAUCCUAUUGACCACACACGUCCUGUGGCCAGUGUUUUUAUGUACGUCCAUAAUCUUCCUUUGUUAGUUACCAUUGGGUUAUGAAUGCUACAGCACAGCACAAAGCCAUUGUUAUAACUUAUUGUAUUUCUUAACGUGAUCAACUGCAAUGUCGUCUUCGUUUUGUUUUAAAAUUAGAAUAAUAGAAAUAUUUUUUUAUAUAAUCUGUUUAUGUGAGCUUAAUUAACCAACAAAUAAUGUUAAGAAUGCACGAUACAUUCGUGUUGUUAAAAAAGGUCUUUGUUUGUUACAAAAAUGUAAUUACCCUAUCCAAUUUUUUAUUUUUUAAAAUUUUAGAACAGUAAGAUUUAGGUGAACGUUUACAAUGAAGGUUUACUUUACGGAUCUUAUAUGAAUAGAGACAGAUGAGGUGGGGUUUAGAAAAUUUGGUGCAAGCAAUUACAAAAGUAAAUUGGGAAAAUGUGAAGGUGCGACAAUUGUUCGAGUUUGGCUUUCACGUUUGGGGAGCCAUGGUCCAAUAAUAAACAAGGGUGUAUUGACUUUCGUCAUUGGUCGUUCAAAUCUAGAGCUAUGCGGAUCAAUAUUUGAGGGUCAAUAGCCCCGGAGUUGGUUUGAUAAAAAGGAAUUUGAUUUUCUUGAAGUGGUUUAAAGUCUGACAAGUCUUGGAGAGUAAGCUUGCUUUAAUAUAAACAGGUGACCAGUCAGCCUGACGAUGAAAGUACGGAGUACCGAUAAUGUUUGCUGGUGGAGUCUUCACGUGUUCACGAUACUGGGUAUCGCUGGAGGCAAAGAAUUCGUGACACAGCCUAGAGUUGACUACGAUUACAUUGUAGUUGGAGCCGGUUCUGCCGGCGCAGUUGUGGCCAACCGGCUGUCUGAGAACCCCAACGUGACCGUCCUGUUAGUGGAGCGAGGGGGAGAUGACCGGAAUAUCGAGAGCAUCAGAGUACCGGCCCUUGCUAAAGAUACGUGGGGCGACGCCCGUCUCAUGAAGUACUACUUCAGUGAACCCAACCCAGACCGCUACAAGCACAUGGAAAACUUUCAGGCUCAAUGGCCCCGGGGCACCGUCCUGGGGGGCUGCAGUAGCAUCAACAUCCUGACCUUCUUCAGAGGCGCCAGACAAGACUUCCAGAGAUGGGCGGAGUACACCGGCGACCAGACCUGGGGAUAUGAUCACGUGCUGUCCUACUUUAAAAAGCUGGAGAACGUCACGAACCCCGAGUUGAGGAGUUCGGUGUACCGUGGUACAUCCGGGCCUCUCAGCAUUACCAGGUCGAUCCCCGUGUACCCGCUCAGCGAUAAACUCAUCAACGCUUUCAUGGAGUCGGGGUACACCUUCAACGAGGACUACAACGGCGUCACUCUUGAAGGGGUCGCCCGGUCCCAGGCCACGAUAGAAAACGGGGCGCGGACGAGUACGGCCACGGCGUACAUCCAUCCCGCGAUGCACCGGGCGAAUCUUGAUAUCAUGAUCAACACCACAGUGACCCGACUGGUCAUCAGAAAUAACAAAACUGUCGGCGUCCAGAUCUCUAGAGCAGGGAGGUCAUUUCAAGUCAACGUCACUAAGGAAGUCGUCCUCUCCGCUGGAACUUUUGAGUCACCGAGGCUUCUCAUGUUGUCCGGGAUAGGCCCCAAAAAACACCUCGAGUCCCUCAACAUCUCGGUGGUGGCUGAUCUCCCCGUGGGGGAGAACCUGCAAGAUCAUUUGAUCUUUGACCUUGUGGCGUCGUUGAAGAAGCCCGUCCACAUGCCCAAUCACCUGCUGAAUUCUGAUUGGGUGGUGGAGGAGUACAAGAGGAUGGGGCGUGGCCCCCUGACGGUGCCAGACUCGGGCGUGGCCUUCCACACGAGCACGAGUAACGAGACGAAGGCCCUCGACUGGCCGGACGUCAAGAUCUUGUUUUCUCUCAUGCCGACCUCCUCGUACGAGAUGUUAGUGCACCACUACAACCACGAUGUGGUGAGGGAGUUAGCCUACAGAGACAACAUCACCUUCGGAUUUUCCUUCUGGCCCCUCUUGAUGAGACCCGAAAGUCGCGGUACCGUCAGGCUUCGAUCCCGCGACCCCAAGGACGACCUAGCCAUCACCCCCAACUACUACGACCGUCAGGAAGACGUGGAUACGAUGGUGAGAGCGGUGGAGAUCUGUAAACAGGUUCUCAAGUCUAAGACGAUGGUGGAGCUAGGCGCCGAGCUGGCCGAUACCAAACCGUUGAGUAGUUGCUCGCAGUUCGGUAUCGAUACCAAAGCGUACUGGGGCUGCGUCAUACGAGCUAGGCCCCGUACCCUGCAUCACGUGUCCGGCACCUGCAAGAUGGGAUCGUCCGAUGACCCGACGGCCGUGGUGGACCCACAGCUCCGCGUCAGAGGGGUGGAAGGGUUGCGGGUGGUGGACGCGUCCAUUAUGCCGUACGUCGUCUCGACCAACACCAACGCCGCCGUCAUCAUGAUCGGGGAAAAGGCGGCGGACAUGAUGAAAGGGGAGCAGCUACCACCAACGGUACACAGCGACACCGCCACGACCAGCACCACGACAACAACAACAUCCACCACCGCCGCACCUGACCCCGCCACCUCCGGCUUGGAUGACGAUACAUACAACGGACAAACGAUGACGUCUGGCCAAUGGUACAUCACACUUCCGGUGGCCUUGGCCUACUUCAUGUCAGCUGUUUUAUAAACUUGUCAACAAAUCUUUUGUCAACAGAACAUAUUUAAAAACAGGUGUAAAUAGCUGUAAAUAUGAGUAGGAUAACCCUACGCCAAAUGGCUAAGUAGAUAACCACUACGGAUUCGCCAUGUAAAUAUUCACGAAAUUUAACUGACUUUUAAUUUUAAUUAAAUAUGACAUAAUUGAUGUACAAACCUGUAUUGUAUUAUUUAUAAGUAUUAUUCUAAAACAUGACAUUUAAUUCAAUAAGUAAGUAGGACAAACUUGUUUUUGCUCUUACAAAUAAAUUAACCAAAUGC